AUGCUGCAACUGGCCGCCCUUGUCUACUCGCUGCUGCCGGCCCGGAGCCAGUACAACAGCUGCAAGUCGCUGGUGAACACCGAUGAGGCCGGCCCUUCCUGGGAGUUUUACGCCUGUCAACCCCGAGCCAUGGCCAUGAAGCGGUACCUGAGGGUGAAGGUGGAGCCGCCAGGGGUGACCUGCGGAAACCCUCCGGAGCGGUUCUGUGCACUGGGCAAUCCCUACAUGUGCUUUAGUGAAUGUGAUGCUUCGAACCCAGACCUGGCUCACCCACCCAAACUAAUGUUUGAUCAGGAGAAUAAUGGACCUGUAACUUAUUGGCAAAGUAUCACUUGGAGCAAAUACCCUGAACCUCUCCUGGCCAACAUCACCCUCUCCUGGAAUAAGAGCAUACAACUCACUGAGAAUAUAGUUAUUACUUUUGAGGCAGGUCGACCCACCACCAUGAUAUUGGAGAAGUCCCUAAACUAUGGAAGGACAUGGCAGCCUUACCAGUACUAUGCGGAGGAUUGCAUGGAGGCUUUCAGAAUGGAGGCCAAAAAUGUCCGGGAUCUCUCACCCGUCACUGCCCUACAGAUUAUCUGCACAGAAGACUACUCCAAGUGGGUGGGCUUUGAAAAUGAGAAGAAUUUGCACUUUGAGGUCAAGGAACGCUUUGCCAUUUUUGCAGGCCCACUCCUCCGGAACAUGGAGGCUCUGUACAAGAGGAUGGACAUUAACAAGGGGCUAAGGGACUUUUUCACCUUAACAGACCUUCGAAUUAGGCUGAUCAAACCUGCAACUGGAGGGACAUUCGUUCAGAGGAAAUAUCUAAAUAAAUACUUCUAUGCUAUUUCGAAUGUUGAAAUCAUGGGCAGGUGUAAGUGCAACAUGCAUGCAAACAGCUGUCAUUUCAAAGAUGGGAAUCUGAUGUGCGAGUGUGAGCACAACACAACAGGUCAAGACUGUGGAAAGUGCAGGAAGAAUUAUAAAGCCAAGUCAUGGCGACCAGGCAGCUACAGUCCAUACCCGAUGGGAACAGCCAACAGCUGUGUGGCUGCCAGCUCUGCUUAUGGUAACUGUGAAUGCUAUGGGCACUCCAAUCGCUGCAGUUACAUUGACUAUCUCAAGAUUGUGACUUGUGUCAGUUGUAAGCACAAUACCCGAGGCCAGCACUGCCAACACUGCAGAUUGGGCUACUACCGCAAUGCCUCAGCAGAACUCGACGAUGAGAACGUCUGUAUUGAAUGUAACUGCAACCAAUUCGGAUCAAGACAUGACCGCUGCAAUGAGACGGGGCACUGUGAGUGUAAACCAGGAGCCACAGGCCUCAAGUGUGAGGAUUGUAAACCAGGAUAUUACUGGAGACUGGGCUGUUUCCCAAACGUUUGUGACAACGAGCUUCUAUUGUGUCAGAACGGCGGGACCUGUCACCAGAACCAGCGCUGUGUCUGCCCCAAAGGUUUCACCGGUAUCCUGUGUGAAGGGGGGAAUUGCGACCCUGAAGGUGGGAACUGCAACGCAUCCUGCACCUCACUCCUGAGCCAGUGGGCAGCCCUGCUCUCCGCCCUAACAUUGCUGCUGCUGCUGGCCUCUCCCUGUGAAUAAUCUGCAGGCAGCUAGGCAAAUCUACACCCAGGAGCUGGAACAGCGUCCGAGGUGCUUUCAGGAGCCGGAAGCUCUUGGCGAUGACACGGUGCCGCCGGUGUGGCGUGAACCAAUGGAAGUGUCGCUUUGUAGGUUCCAUGUAUCUAACAAAAUGAGGUGAUGAUGACAGACUGUAUAAGUUGACACAUGUUGUACCGUAUCCCACAGUG